CAUCAUCGUGCAGCAACACUACUUGCACCUUCCCAUGGUCAAAGUUCUCGAGAAUCGCCUUGUAGACCUUGAUCUACUCCCCGGCACCAAGAAGCAGGGGCAAGCGAUGAAUCGCAUCAGGCAGAAAGACCAGGACGAGGACGAAGAGGAGUGGUCGUCUUCAGACGAGCAUGACCAAGGCGCCCUCACCCAAGUACAACAUGCUGCGACGGCGCUCGCGGGAACGGCAGGCGGCGCGGUAAAAGGAGUCGUUGAUACCGCAGGCAAUACCGUACAGGCUGUGGGUACCGGCGUUUUCCGUACCGUCACUGGUCUAGGUACAGGGCUAGGCAGCGCUGCAGCGUAUGGCGGGAGUGCGGUUGGAAAGAGUCUCGGACUUGGGGAUCAGCACAGGGGAAACAACAAAGAGUAUGAGGGUCUGUCGCGAGAACAGAUAAGGAGCGUCAAGCACGAGGCGAAGAGAAGAGCAAAGCUGAGUGACGAGGAGAGGUGGAGAUUAGAGAGAGAGGAAUUAGAGGAGGCACAGAGGAGGUAUGAGGAGCAUGAGGCUAUUAGGCUUGAGUCGAAGUAGGCGUAAAUGGUGUCGAUUCGUUUCCUCGAGAG